AUGUCCGACGAGAUCGUCCGUCCCGCCUUCGCUGGUCGCGAGCGGCCCAUCCUCUCUUACGGCAUCGCCUUCCCCGCCGCGGCCGCCCGCCAUGUCGCGGAGACCUUUGGCGCCUCCCGCGUCUAUGUAAUCUGCUCUGGGUCAUUGGCGCGCAAUACCGAUGCGCUCGACCGGUUGAUGGAUGCCUUGGGUGCGGACAAGAUUGUCGGAUGCCGGAUUGGCAUGCAAAGCCAUACAUUGUGGUCGGAGGUGCUGCAGAUUGUCGAGGAGGCGCGGAAUGUGCAUGCCGAUAUGCUGUUGACGCUGGGAGGGGGAAGUCUGACUGACGGGGCGAAAAUCAUUGCGUUGGCCCUCGCAAACGAGGUUCGCACGGCCAAUGAACUUGACACUCUUGCCGAAGGCCCCAAAAAACGCGCCGAUAUCAAAGCUCCCGCUGUGCCCAUUAUCUCUGUCCCAACUUCCCUCUCCGCCGGCGAGUACUCCAACUUCGCGGGCGGCACCGAGGACACCUCGCGCCGCAAAUACAGCUUCCAGGCCCCCCUACGUGGACCUGAACUGAUCAUCCUCGAUCCAGAGCUUGCCCAGACAGCUCCUGAUUCCAUAUGGUUGAGUACAGGCGUUCGUGCAGUGGACCACUGCGUGGAAACUUUGUGUGCGGUCGUGGGUGUAACCCCGGCGUCGGAUAAGCUGGCCCACAAUGCUCUCAGCCUCCUUGUUCCAGGUCUGCUGCGGUGUAAAAAGGACCGCAAAGACACCAAUGCGCAUCUGCAGUGUCAAUUAGGCUCAGUCGAUGCCAUGGCGGCUUGUACGAGCGGAUCAGUGGAGCUGGGUGCAAGUCAUGGUAUCGGCCACCAGUUUAACGCGAAACACAACGGGAAUCGGGAGCGUCAGGCCCGGGUGCGCGAGUUUUUAAUCACCGAUCCCGUCGUUUCUGAGGUUCUACAUUCCCGUGCGAUCGACGUAGGUACCUCUGACCUAGGUGACAUCCUCGAUGUGGUUAUCCGGGAGCUAGGCAUGCCGCGGUCUCUGACCGACGUGCGGGUGGGCCGAGACAAGCUAGACGCAUUGGCGGCGCACAGCUUACAUGACCGGUGGUGCCAGAGCAAUCCGGUGCCACUCAAGGAGAAGGACCAAGUGUUGGAGAUUCUCGAGAUGGUAGUUUGA